ACUACAAAUCGAUAACACGUAUCGCUGGCGUAGGCUGACACUGAACUGUAACACGCCUUUUUCCUUUCUUUCCUACAUACCAUAAUGGCGGCUGUUGCUAAGAAGGAACCUAAAAUCAAGCGCGAUCCCGCGAAAAACCCUAUGCGCGAUCUGCACAUCAGGAAGCUGUGCCUCAACAUCUGCGUAGGUGAAUCCGGUGAUAGGCUUACUCGUGCCGCCAAGGUUUUGGAGCAGCUGACGGGACAACAGCCAGUGUUCUCGAAGGCCCGCUACACAGUGCGUUCUUUCGGUAUUCGUCGUAAUGAAAAGAUCGCAGUGCAUUGCACAGUGCGCGGCGCUAAGGCCGAGGAAAUCUUGGAGCGUGGCCUGAAAGUGCGCGAGUACGAGUUGAGACGCGAUAACUUCUCAGCCACUGGCAACUUUGGCUUUGGUAUUCAAGAACAUAUUGAUUUGGGCAUCAAGUACGAUCCCUCAAUCGGUAUCUAUGGCUUGGACUUCUACGUUGUAUUGGGACGUCCAGGCUAUAACGUGGCUCACAGAAAGCGCAAAGCUGGCACCGUCGGUUUCCAACAUCGUCUGACAAAAGAGGAUGCCAUGAAGUGGUUCCAGCAGAAGUAUGAUGGUAUCAUCCUGAAUAGCAAGAAAUAAACGCAUUUCGCGACGAUGUUUUAAGAUGAAGAUGAAUUCUGUAAUAAACCCGUCAUCGGAGAAAUUUCUUAAUUUUAAA